UACUCCUACUGUCGACCAUGUUUAAACGUAGUCACUGUCGUUAAAAGUUACAAAAUAUGCCUACCAAUGUUGAAACACGAGCGCUUCGGCGAUUAAGCUCCGUUUCUCGUUUCGUUCCGCAUUUCGAACUUGUGUUCGCGCGCUAUCUGAUUUUUCGGUUGCGCAACGCGCGACGCGCCGCGUACGUGAAACUGUGCGUGUGUGCGUGUGUACGUAUGCUGUUCCCCGCGCCUGCGAUAGAGCGCCACGCUUCGUGAGUGUAUGUACGGUGAAUCGUUGAACAGAUAUCGCGAACGGUGCUGCUCAUCGUGCGAGAUCGCAUUUACGUGAGUAACGUCGUCGCGUCGUCGUUGUGAGGUCUUCAUUGAGGAUUCCGUUUUGCGCGACGGACAGCAGCAGCGGGCGCGAAAAAAAAGGGUGAACUGUGCACGGCGGCGGCAUCGUGGUGCACCGUUCGACGGGCUGUUGUAAUCGUCGUCGCAACGGCGGCUCGGGGGCUUUUAUGAGGGAACGCGACGUCUCAUCAACGCGGCCGCGCGCCGUCCGGAUGCCCAAACGACGGGAUAUGCUACCUCCAAUUGAAUUGGCGAGAUCGCUGGCACUCCUUCGAACGUAGCUCUUUCGCGUAUUAUUAGGUCGGAAACAUGUCGAGCUCGUACAUUGUCGAGCCGCAGGACGGCGGGUCCGAGAAGAAGGACGAUACGUUGAUCAUAGUUUUCAACGACGAUGGAACGAUAUCCGUCGACCAGGCGACGCUGCAGAACUUGAUAAUGAAUCAAACGAACGCUAAUGUUAGCGUGGUAAGACUAGGACAAACCGAGGCAGACGUUGAGAAUGGAGACAUUACCUUGACAGUAGACCCACCGCCAUUUACGCAUCCGACAGCAAGCUCGGUAAGCGCCAAUGCCAGCACCGACCUCGGUGGAUUGGUAGAUCCUUUUAUGGAGAUGGAUCCAGAACAGUUGGAAAGAUUAGAGACAGCUCUCCAAAGCGAAGAGGCAAAGCAGAUACUUGGGGAGAAUGUCACUGCGAUGCUUGAUAUGCUGUCUGUAGAGGAGUUGCAGAAUUCGAUACGGUACAGCAUACAAUUGGAUCAUUGUUACACAACCAGAUUGUCACCCAGUGAUCCGAUACCAAGGGACCCAUUACCUAUUGCCGAUUCGCCCGAAUCUAACGAUGUGCAGUACAUGCAUCAACCAGUAUCCCCUCGAACAUCCGUAAUGUCGUCAUCUGUCAGUGACGUAGAUAAUACCGGGGUUAAGGGCAAGAAUAUCGUCAAGAGUGUAAAUGUUAAGCACGUCAGUAGACCGGUACGUAAAGCUGCUGUAUCCACACCUACAAAUGUAAAUGUGCUUCCAAGAGCUAAUACGAGCAUCAGUGGAACACCUAAAUUGUCAGGACAUGCCGUACCAAGGAAUAUAAAUGCCCAGCAAACAUCUGCCAAAGCACAAGGAAGGAACAAUGAAGAGGAAGAUGAUGAUGAAGUCUCAGAAUCAUCUACAGAAUCUUCUGAGUCCGAACCACCGUCUGAUAAUGAUAACGAUUCGGAUUUUGGACCUCGUGGUACAAAGAGAUCAAAUAUCAGGGCUCGAGGAGGUCGGAAAGGUCUCACCACAAGGGGUGGUAGCAUGGCAGCUGCUCGAAGAAGAGGUCAAAACAAGCAUCUGGAUAUGGAGCAAGUGCGGCGAUUAGACAUGGAAAUGGCUGCUGCGGUUAAUGCGAUGAAAGGCUCUGAGAAAGAUGACAGAUCCGAGCGGUUUAGUCCUACCAAGCCUAAGAGGCUGGUGAAAACUCUCGGUGGUAAGAAGAAGGAGGAGUCACAGUUCACGGAGACAUCCUCGUCUGUGCCCGAAGAAACGCCGGUGGUGCAGGAGAAACCGUUGCAAACGACGAAUCAAGUGAAAGCGAAUCUGAUUAACGCCAAUAUGAUCAAAGGCGACAUGAUACUGACAAAACCCGGUCAGGGAAGGAGCAAUCAGAAGGUUACCUUUAUUCAGAAGCAAAUUCUGAUGAAACCGAACGAACUGAAGAACAUCGGUAUUAAGAAGCCUGUGAUGGUCUCCAAGGGAAAAUUCGUCAAUCAACCCAGUACGAAGAUCUUCGCGACUAAGGAUGGAAAAUUGAUACAUGUACCAAUAACAACGAAGACGGUCAAUCCGAGCGCGCAGGUUACCCAAGUAAAGACGAUGACGCUGAUUCAGCAGUCUGUGGUAGCUCAGCAGCAGCAGCAACCAGUGCAGAGCGCCAACCAAGGAUUGCCGAUGCAACAAUUGAAAACUGUCAUGUCGGCCAGCAGCAGCACACCGCCAAAGAUCAAACCUAGUGAUAUAAAGAAGGAGAAGAGAAAACUAGACGGUAGCAUAGAGUCGCUAUCGAAAGCAGAAGAGACCACUCCACUUCCUACGAAGUUCGCGGACAAGGCAUUGGAUAGCGCGAAGAAGCAUCUGAAGAAGGAGAGCAGGAAACCUCCGGCGUAUGUAGCGGAUACCUUAGGUCCGGCGCUCUUCUCGACACCGGACAUAAUACGACGUGUCGGUACGAACGAAGGAAAGAUGCCGGACAACACUGUGACGCCUACGACACCCACGACACCUUCGGCGACAGUAGUGUCAACACCCGGCUCAUCGGCCGUUCCUACUUCGCCGACAAUAUCGUUGAACAUCAGUACACCAUCUGCUUCAGUCGUAGUGCAGAACGCUGUUCCUAGUUUUAGUAAAAAGACGGCGUCGAGUAUAUUGGAGCCGUCUAUUCAGCCGGAAUCACGAUUAAGCCUGGAUGGUAACAACGUGGCGUCGGGAAGCGAGAACGAAUCGAAAUCGACGAUCAAAGCACCACUGGCUGAAGAAUUGCAACCAUCUCUAGAUUCAGUGCCAAAUACCGCUUCGUCAGAGGGAAUUAUUCAACCUGUGGUACCUCAUGUUCCAAAUCAUGUUGUUUCUAAAAGUAGUGGAAUAGAGGGUGAGGAACAUUUAUUGGCUACUUUAGAGAUGGAGGCUAACAAACAUGAAGAGGAGCUGCUCGCUGAAGCGUUAUUGCUGCAAGAGGAGCUCGGAGUCGACUUGGCCGAUCAUUCUGCGCUUGUGGAUCCCGCGCCGACAGCGUCGGAACCGUUAACGUCCGGUGGGAUGCUUGUGCCUACGUUGAUGUCGUCCGAGCAAGAAUUGCCCAAACCGGUUGAAGCAGCGCCGAUUGUCCAGACUCAAGCGAGUACUCCGCGGGAAGUAGGCAAGAAAUCUACAAAAGAUGACAAAGAGCCGAUACAAAUCGUCCGGGGUGGCCGUGUGAUCACGUUACCGCCCAUCGAGGCACCUGCCACUAGAAGCAAACGGCUACAAGCGAAAGCUGAGACGCUGCAGAAGAAUCCCGAGCCGGCGAAGAAGAUCGAGAAGUAUUCUCCUCAACAAGUUCAACAAAUAAUACACAAGGAAGAGUUGAGAACGGGCAUGAACACAGAAGAAGAUGAGGAUGAUGACGAGGACGAGGAAGAAAAUUCCGACUCGGAGGACGAUCCGGACCGAUUGUGGUGCAUCUGCAAACGGCCGCACAACAAUCGGUUUAUGAUAUGCUGCGAUGUUUGCGAGGAUUGGUUCCACGGCAAGUGCGUGCACGUCAGCAAAGCUAUGGGUCAACAAAUGGAGGAAAAGGGCAUAGAAUGGGUAUGCCCGAAUUGUCUCAGGAAGAAGGCCGAGGAAGAGAAAACAAAAUCGAGCUCGCAGGUCUCGCCGGUGAAGCAAAAGAUCAAGAUCGAGCCAACGACGAGCGAUAAUAAUACGGUAUCGCAGGCUGUUCUGCCCCUGAAAGAGAUAUCAUCAUCGCCGGCAGUCUCGUCCGCCGAUUACGCUGCCGUCCCGAUUUCCGGCACGAUGCAGUGUGUCGUUUGCAAGAAGGAAGCUAGGAACUCGAGCAUUUAUUGUUCAGACGCGUGUAUCCUCGCUCAUGCCCAAGAGACUUUAACUAAAGACAAGCCUGACAAACCAACGGGUUCAGGUGCAAAACCUGUGAAACCGUCUGUAACUAUCCCGGAAACUACCACUACUACUAUCACUACGACUAACGUAAAACCAAAACCCGAGGCUAGAGUGAUAGUUUUCGACAGAAAGACCGGCAAAGUGCUUACCGGUGCAGAAGCUCCUACAAGAUCCAACUUACGAACAUGGUUGAAGGAAAAUCCAACGUACGAGAUAGUAGGAGCUAACAGUCUCAGUACGCUUCAGAUAGGCGGGAAGCUCGUCACGCAAAUACAAACGACUGGGAAAACUACUGCAAAAAUUACACAGCUGUCUCCGAUUAAAGUGCAAACCGUGCCAAAGAUGAUCUACACGAAAGUAGUUGGAUCAAAGCAAACCAUUUUGGCGCCCAGUAAGAAAGUCACGAUUAUUCCCGCCUCGCAGCAAGUGAGCGUGGCGUCGAGCAGCAAGCCGGUGCAACUGAAACAGACGAUAAUCACGACCGCUGGUAAGAAUCCUAUAAUAAUGAAAACAACAGCGUCACCGAAGAGCAUCAUGCCGAUAGUGCAGUCGAAAGUCCAAGCGACAAGCUCGCCAAAGCAGAUGCUGGUGAAGAAGCAAGAACCUGCGAAGUCGUUGCCGCUUCAGUCGAAGCAGCAGGCUAAGAUAAUGCCGAUUAAGAAGCCCGAGACGGAGCCCAUACGAGUAAAUAUCAGGAAGACGCUGACGGAAUUGUUGUCCAGCCGUAUAAAGGAAACCGAGGAUCUGAAGCUGACCGACGAGGAGAUCGCGGACUUGGCGUUCAACAUAGAACUCGAGAUGUACAAAUAUUUCAAGGACACCGGGGCUAAGUACAAAGCGAAGUACAGGAGUCUCGUAUUCAACAUAAAGGACACCAAGAACCUGACGUUGUUCCGGAAGAUCGCGGAUCGUUCCCUGACGCCGAAUGCGGUGGUGCGAUUGAGCCCGGACGAGAUGGCCAGUCAGGAACUGGCGGAGUGGCGGGAGAAGGAGACCAAGCAUCAGCUGGAGAUGAUCAAGAAAAACGAGCUUGAUCUGAUGGCGCAGGCCAAGUCGAUUGUCGUGAAGACUCACAAGGGCGAGCAGAUAAUCGAGAAUGACGGCGGGAUCGAUCACGUCGAUCCCAAGACACCGGUGCAGGACAUCGUAACCGCGUUGAACAGCGGCGACAGCAUAAGCUCCACGGUCGACGACGUCGACAAGGAUAAGGACAAGGACGAGAGGUCCAAGUCGCGAACAGACGUGAAGAAGUCGAAGGGUAACACGGACGAGCGGAGGAAGAAGGACAAGGAGAGGGGUAGGGAACGCGACAGUAGCAGGUCGAAGGGCAAGGACCGGCGGGAGAGGAGCCGCAGCCGGCAUCGUCACAGCAGAGAUCGGGAUCGCAGCAAGACCCGCGACAAGAGCAAGGAGAGGAAGUCGAACCGGAGCAAGGAGAGCCGGCGUGAGAAGGACAAGGAGCGAGAGAAGGACAAGGAACGGGAACGGGUUAAGGAACGGGACCGGGCGAACAGGAAGGAGAGCAGAGACAGAGACAGGCACAAGAUGAGCAGCGAGCCUCGCACGAGGAAUCGCAGCACCAGCCGAGAAUCCAAGGACAUCGACAAGAGGGACGUCGACGAGCGCAAGACGGAGAAGAAGAAGGAAGUCUCCUCGCCGCCGCCCGCGGAGAAGCCGAUAGAGGAUCGCCUCUGGCGGCACGUCGAGGACGAGGCGACGACCAACACGAUCGACGGGAACGAUUCCGAUAUAUCCGACAGGGAGCCCAGUUCCACGGUGACGAUCAAGACGCCCGACAUCAACGAGGAACCCGAGAGGGACAAGGAGCAGGAGACGGAGAGCCGAGCCGAAGCGCCGAAGGGUACCUCCCAGACCGUUUGGCGUGGCUUCGUCAACAUGGUCGACGUCGCCAAGUUCUUCAUUACCGCGCAGGAAGUCAGUGGGAACGCCAAGGAUCUCAUGGACGAUCUGCCGGACACCGUCGACGUGGUCGGUAGAAUUAGUCACGAGACCGUCUGGGACUACAUCUCGAAAAUGAAGAGAACAGGCUCGAAGGAAAUCCUGGUGAUCCGUCUGACCGCCGCCAAUGACGAGGAGAAGAUUCCUUACAUUACUCUAUAUAGCUAUUUGAACAGUAGAAGUCGUUUAGGUGUCGUGGGCAAUGUUUCGAAGAACAUAAAGGAUUUCUACAUCAUGCCAUUCUCGAGUCAGAGUACAAUACCGCCGGUGCUCCUGCCGCUCGUUGGGCCGGGCUUCGAGGAGCACAGGCCGCAUUUGCUGCUCGGCAUCAUCGUUCGCAAUAAGAAGAAACGUGCGUCGACCAUGCAGUCGGGCAUCGUCCCGUCGAAAGUGACCAAGAAGGAGAACUCCGACCGAAGUUACACGCCGCCGUUAGUCAGCGUGGCGAAGGAGAAAACUUCGUCGUCGUCGCCGCCGCCGCCGCCACCGUCGUCGUCGUCUUCCCCUAUGCUAUAUCAUCACAAAGUGUCUUCUGCGUUAGACCCGGCGAAGGAGAAGCCAGCGACGACGGUGACGCAGAUGACUCUGGAGUCUUUGAAUAAAGCGCACAUAGGUAUGUCCUCGCGCGGCAUCAUCGACACCGCGACGAUAUGCAAGAUCGUGCCGGAAUUGUCGUCGAAGAUCGACCUGACCUCGUCGCCGAGCAAGGUCACCUUGGACGACGGCGACGAGCCGUACAGUCCCGGCGAGAUGGACGAUGAUAUGGACGCCAACGAUUCCGCCUCCGGUAUCCUCUCGUCCGGCAAGAACAGCAACUCCACGGAGUUGCAGAGGAAGAUGGACGAACUGAACCGGCAGAUCGAGGAGCAGAAGCAACAGAUACAGAAUAUUAGCUCGUCGUUUCUCGGCGAGACGACGGCCACUCUGCCGGGUCUGGGGCUGGAUCCGCCGAGCAACGACUGCGAGGAGGCCUACAGCCCGUCGGACGUACGUUCUUUCACGCCGCCUCCGCCCAUCACCAAGUUCGCGCAGCCAAUCCUCGAUAAGGUGUCGGACAUCACCAUACCGCCGAAUCUGCAGGAGAUUCUAGCGAACGUGAAGCGGCAGGAAUCAUCGAAAGUCGACCCCUACCUGCCAUCCAAGCCUAGCGCGUCGUUCUUACCCGGAACGGUCAACACCGCAGGUUCGCUCUAUCAGAAUACCGACAAGUACUCACCAUCUUCGUCUUCUAGAGUCAGCCAGUCGGAGAAGGCGACGUCGGAGGUGCCGUCGAGGGAGAGCAAGAGCACGCUGAGCACCUUGAGUGACCUGGAUCUGAUCAAGAAGGCAGAGGAAGAACUGGCCGCCGUUGCUGCGGCGACAGCCGCGGCAACAUCAACGAUGCCGCCCGUAGCAGCGUCUGCAUCAUCGCCGUCGGCCGCUUCUCCUGGCACUUCGAGUCUGACGCAGUCACCGAUCGCUCCGACGAGCGACACUUCUGUACUAUCGCCGUCGCCGCAGCCGGUGCUCUCGUCGUCGUUGUCGCUUCUGCCGGAAGCCGAGGAGAGCAAAGCGAUAUACAAGCCGAGCCUUCCGGAUCCCUUCAAGAAGAGCUACGCUCCGGAACAACCGAAGCCACCCGGCCUCGAAGACGAGGACCUGCCAGUGUUCCCUUCAAUUCCGCCGACAGCAACGACGAUCGUAGACUCGUCUAAAGCCGCGCCGGCGGCCUCAUCCUCUCGCUCGAAACUCAUCCCCAAGAGCGGCAUUGUGCUGAGUGUCAAGCGAAAGACGAGCGAUGACGGUAACACGUGUGCCUCCCCCUCCAAAUUGUCGAGGACAAAGUCACGCUGGGGUCAGGGCCCGCCCGAAUAAAUUGGCCGGAUCGCCGCGAUCGGUUCAACCCGCGUCACCGUAUAUAUAUAUAUACCGUAUACACCGUAUAUACUAUAUAUAUAUAUAGUGUUUCACGUGCGCUGUUUAGACGAUUAUCGCAGAACAAACGGAUAAACGGAUGCCCGUAACUUGUAACAUAAAUGUACAAGAAGCCUCUGACAGUGGUAACAUUCGGAGGUUUCGCCUGAGCGAUCAUUUUGUGUGCCUGUGUGAGUGUGUGUGUAUAUGUGAGAAAGAGAGAGAGGAGAGAUAGAGGGACGAAGAGGAAGUUGAAAAGAGAGAGAGAGAGAUGAGAGAAUUGGCAUGAUCGAUGACUGCGAAUCAUCAUCGUGUGGCAUUUGCUUGUAUCGAAUGAACGAAUAUUCUUUAGGCUUGGUCACCUUCCCGCAAUGCAUCUCUGAAAAAUGCACGUUCGGUGCACCUUCGACGUCGAACGUCGGAUGUAGAUAUACAUAUAUAAGAGCUUUACUACUGAUUCUCUUUAUAAGAAAGAAAACGCGCGGCACGUCGCACGUGCGGCGGUACGAUUUGUACAAGAACCUUAUUUGCGAAAGAGAGAGGGAGAGCCCCUGACGUCAUCCUGUUUCCGGCCCACCUCUCUAUCCACCGCAUCCCUCGAUUGCUGCUGAGCGAAUUUUCUACGGGAGAGAAAAAAGAAAGAAAGAAAGAAAACUUCACUCUCGCGCGACGAGACAGCGUCGUAUUCUAUCUCUCGAGACUUGUUUCUCCAUCUUCCAGAGUAAGCUCGAAAUUUACCCAGCGAUGAUACGUGUUUUAUUUUCUCAGCGAGAGAGAGAGAGAGAGAGAGAGAGAGAGAGAGAGAGAGAGAGA